CAGACUUUGUCCAAGGACGGCCCCUUAAAUGUCUUAGGAGUAGAACAGUUGAGAGGAAUGUUGGCUUGGUGGUAGACGGAGCAGCGGAGGAAGGAGGCUUGACUGUUAUCAGGAGCUGGCAUCAUGAGAGGUCUCUGUGUGUCACUAGUUUUCUUACACCUUCUUGGGACUAGUUUAAGCCAGUUCCCUCGCCCGUGUGCCAACUCUGAGGGUCUUCGGACUAAAGAGUGUUGCCCGGUGUGGGAUGGAGACGGGUCAGCCUGCGGGGCUCUUUCGGGCCGUGGCUUCUGCACAGAGGUGGAGAUUCGGGACGAGCCGCACGGGCCACAGUACCCUCACCGAGGCAUUGACGACAGAGAGCAGUGGCCUCUGGCUUUCUUCAACCGGACGUGCCAGUGUGCGGGGAACUACGGUGGCUUCAACUGUGGGGAGUGUCGAUUUGGGUACUGGGGUGCCAAUUGUGCCGAAUACCGUGAAACUGUGCGGCGAAACAUCCUGAACCUGCCGCCAGCCGAGCAACAGAAAUUCCUCUCCUACCUCAAUCUGGCUAAGAACACAAUCAGCCGAGACUACGUCAUCUCCACGGGGACCAGAGCAGAGAUGGGCGAAAAUGGUGAAAACCCAAUGUUCUCUGAUAUCAACACCUACGAUCUGUUUGUCUGGAUGCACUACUACGUGUCCCGGGACACCUUCCUGGGAGGACCGGGGAACGUUUGGAGGGACGUCGACUUCGCCCACGAGUCCGCCGCCUUCCUGCCCUGGCACAGAGUCUACCUGCUCCACUGGGAGAACGAGAUCCGGAAGCUGACCGGAGAUUUCAACUUCACCAUCCCGUACUGGGACUGGAGGAACGCUCAGAGCUGCGAGGUGUGCACUGACUCUCUGAUGGGAGGAAGGAGCCCCCUCAACCCCAGCCUCAUCAGUCCUGCAUCCGUCUUCUCCUCUUGGAAGGUGAUCUGCACCCAGCCAGAGGAAUACAACAGUCGGGAGGCUGUGUGCAACGCCACUGCCGAGGGCCCACUGUUGCGUAACCCCGGCAAUCACGACACCACCCGAGUCCAGCGCCUCCCCACUGCAGCGGACGUGGACUUCACCGUGAACAUACCGCAGUACGAGACUGGAACCAUGGACCGCUUCUCCAACAUGAGCUUCAGGAACAUGCUGGAAGGCUUCGCCAGCCCUGUGACAGGACUAGCCACGCCAGGCAUGAGUACCAUGCACAACGCCAUGCACGUCUUCAUGAACGGCACCAUGUCAUCCGUGCAGGGUUCUGCAAAUGACCCCAUAUUCCUGCUGCACCACGCUUUCAUCGACAGCAUCUUUGAGCGUUGGCUGAGGCUCCAUCGACCCCCUCGAUCUUCCUAUCCUCUUUCCAAUGCACCAAUAGGCCACAAUGACGGCUACUUCAUGGUCCCCUUCAUGCCUCUGUUCCGAAAUGGAGACUAUUUUCUGACCAAUAAAGAGCUUGGUUUUGAGUACGCCUAUUUGCUGGACCCUGGUCAGAGAUUCGUGCAGGAGUUCUUGACCCCCUACCUGGAGCAGGCGCAGCAGAUCUGGCAGUGGCUGCUGGCCGCCGGCCUCCUCGGGGCGGUCAUCGCCUCCUUAAUCGCAGUGGUUGCCGUGGCAGCAAGAAGGAAGUGGAAGCGGAACCAGCGGAGGAAGCGAAUGUCCAUUUAUGGGGAGCGGCAGCCGCUUCUCCAGAGCAGCUCAGAGGAAGGGUCCUCAUACCAAACAACUCUGUAACACACCCCGGCGAUGAACACGGACCCAGGCUCGGUCUUCCUGGUGCGAAUUGUGAAUCCUCCAUACAGAAACAUUGUCACUAUCAGGGCUGGAACUUUUUUCUGUCAAGUUAAAUCCAUGAAAAAUUCACUGUUCUCUCAGGAAAGUGAGACGAGUCCAGGUCAAAGAUGUUUGUGACCUACAGAAUGAGGUCAGCUGCAGCUACUUUCACUCUAUUUAUAUUUAAUACUCUCACCCCAUGAUAAGGCAAGAAACAAUAUAUGUGCAUUUUUUUAAAUGAGCAUAAGAGGUGCUAAUGAAUGAUUGAAGGACGUUGUUUCCAGUGUACUGUAAAUGAUUAAAAAAAAUGUUGCUUGGUCAUUUUGACAAAAAACAAAUAUCUCCCUGUAAAUGUAAAUCAAUGAGCAAUGAACCAACGCAAGUGACUUGUAAAGACACAAGCUAAUAAAA